AUGCCGCCCCACUACCUCUUCCCCUCUGCGAACAACGCGUCUUCGCCAUUUCCAGAUGACCUCACUCAACUCGUUGUCCUUCUUACGGGUCCGCAGGGGACGCCGUACUCGCAAGGCCUCUGGCGAUUACAUCUACGCAUGCCUGAAGAUUAUCCCCAGAGCCCUCCAAAAGCGGCGUUUAGGACACGGAUAUGGCACCCGAAUGUCGACGAGUCGACCGGCGCGGUUUGUGUAGAUACCCUGAAGAAAGAUUGGGAACCGAAGCUGACGUUGAGGGAUGUUUUGAUCACGAUAUCUUGUCUUCUAAUCCAUCCCAAUCCGGAUUCCGCCUUGAAUUCCGCAGCCGGCAGCCUGCUUCAGGAUGACUAUGACGCGUUCGCACGGCAGGCAGAGCUGAUGACUUCCAUCCAUGCGCCAAUACCCAAGGACAUGAAUGAUGCCGUCAUGGAGGCUAAGAGAAGGGGGGAUGAGAGUGGCGUUAUCGUUCCAGAAAACAAAGGUCGCUCAGCAGAGGCGAUGAUAACCUCGCGCAAAACGGCCCUCACCUCGUCCUUGUCCACAGUCAUCAUGAAAAAGGCGGUUGCUCAUAAGAAUCAAACCAGCCAGCGGAUCGAGAAACUAGAUAUCAGAGUUAAAGAAACCUCUCAGAACGAACUACUGUCAUCAUCAUCAUCACAGUCGUCAUCAACUUUGUCGCCGUUCGCGCAAGAUCGACGACCGGCCCACGAAGAUGAAUCGGAUAAUGAGGAUACCGGCGGCCCAUCCAAGGAAAAUGACCCUUCACUUUCACCUUGCCCCGUAGUCAUCACUACGCCGUCGAACUCGCGGAAGAGUGUACUCGGGAAGCGUCCACUUGCCGUUCUCGAGAGCGCCAGUGAACCUGAGUUGGGCCCAGUUGAUUAUUCCUGCGAUGCUGAUGUUAAUGUCAAUGCACAUUCCCAUUCCCAGGACGACGACGACGACGACGGCAUGACUCCCUCGGAGAGGAAUAUCGCCGCAAACGCCUUCGCGAGCGAGCAACAGCAACCCCUAAAAUCCCCCAAACUCUCGGUAUUGGCCAGAGGUGUCAACUCUUCCGGUCGGGUGCGGGACGAUUAUCCCGAGCAUAUUAUUUCAAUCCUUGAACAUAAUAAUAGCAAUAAGGAUUCACAUGACAAUGGUGGGAAGCGGGUUGACAGGUCCUCUCGACAAAGCUCGAUAUUUGGCCUGUCACAACCACUACCAUCACAGCUGCUCCUACAUUUGUCGAAUGAGAAGCCCAGUGGCGGCGGCAAGGAGAAUGACGCGUCUACGACUACUACUUCUUUCAUUCAUCCUGCCUCUACAACAAUUGUUACGACUACGGCCAGGCAUACAUCUAGCACAGAUAAACCAGAACAACCACAACCAUCCGGGUCAGCAUCAGGAUCGGGGACAUUGGCAGAAACCAUCCCCCUAUCCGGUACACAUCCACCAAACAAUCGUAAACCCGCAAAAGCCCCACAGCAGCCGCCAUCGGUUCCCUCAUCGAUGUCUGUGUCCAAGUCGUCGACGAAGAAUAACAGCAAUUCUACCACUAAUAAGAACAGGGCGGCACAGAAGGUUUCGUCAGCAGCCGCCAAAGCAAAGGCAACAAGGGUUGGCUUGAGGCGUCUAUAG